GCGAUUCGCUUAUUAAUUGUGCUUCUUACAGCCAAAUUUCUGUCUCGUCACCGUAGAGAGAGAGCGCGCGCGAUCGAGAGAGAGAAGGAAGAGAGACACGGAAGAGAGUGCGCGCGAUAGAGAGAAGAUAUCCAAUUCUAAACAACACGCACUCACACACACACACACCACUGACAGGCGCGCCACACACCCAAACGCGCGUACACACAUACACACACACUUACACAGUCUCUCUCAUUCUCUCUCAGAGCGAAGAGCGGCAGGAAGAACAAGAUGUUUAUCACUCUCAAAAACCCCAACCGCCCGAAUGACACGGCGAUGGAGCAGGUCGCCGCCAGGAAUGCGAGCAGCGCAUCGGUCCCAUCUCGAUCGAUCCGCAAGGCGGCCUGUAUUGCCUGUCAAGCUAAGAAGCUUCGGUGCACUGGCCGCGGACGUUCAUGCGACCGAUGCAAGAGUAGGUUGAUAGCAUGCAUCUUCCCAGACAGCCCGGCGAAACCCCGUGCCAGCGCAGCAGCAGCAGCAGCAGCACCGCCAUCAGCGCAAGGGCCGCCCACACGAACCAAUGGCGGCGGCGGUGAGACCCUCGAACCGAGCAACCAUCCCCUGGAGACGGAGGAUGAAGGGGGUAGGGAUAGGUCACCGAGCUUCGCACAACUACACCAGACCGUCAUGUCGGCUCUGGACGUGACGACGGAGGGCGGCUUUAUGGCUGGGGACUUUACCGACUUAAACAAGGGAAUGGACUUUGACUUCGACCUCCUGAGCCAAGACCAAGGCAAUACUCCCUCGCACGCCAGUGCCCUGAUGUCGAUAUCCGCGAACGGCGCAGGAGUUGACACCAACCAGGACAGCGCGUCGCAUUUCCUCAGCAUACAGAGCCAGGCGCUGAUAACCCCGCCCCGGAGCGAUCCGGGGCGGGACGUCGGCGACGACGCGGUCUCGCUGCACAACAACAACAACAACAACAGCGUCGGCCACCAGCACCGCGGCAGCGGCAGCGGCAGCUCCAGCUCGCCGCCGGCGUGCGCCUGCAUCCACGAGACGGUGCGCGUGGUGCAGCAGCUGGACGACGACGAGUUCCACAUCACGACGCUGUCGCUGGACCAGGUGCUGCAGCUGCAGAAGUGGCUGAUCGCGCAGUGCUGCAAGCCGCUCGACUGCGGGGGCUGCGCGACGCAGCCGUCGGUGCACACGGUGCUGCUCAUCAUCUGCGACCGGCUGACGGAGAUGUUCGAGUGCAUCCACAAGCGCAUCCGGCGGGUCAGCAGCAGCGGCGGCGCGGGCGCGGCCCCGGGCCUCGUCGCCUCGCCGCCGCCGCCGCCGCCGCGGCGCCCCCAGCCCCAGAGCCUGACGCCGCCGUCGGACGGCGACGACCCGCUGCUGCUGCUGCGGCCGGGGCGCGCGCGCUCGCGCUCCCAGCCGGCGGCCGACGCGCGCGCGCAGCUCUUCGACAGCUCGUCGGGCCGCGCCGCCGGCGCCGCGCUCUGCAACCCCGACCUCUUCUCCCUCGACUUCCGCAACCAGUACUCCGACGAGGAGCAGGUCCACAUGAUCCGCGUGCUGCUGCGCCUCCAGGUGCGCAACUUCCGCCAGCUCCUCGCCCGCGUCGACGGCGGCGGCGCCAUCCGCCACGUCGCCGGCAGCCAGGCCCGCCGCUCCAAGCUCGGCGCCAUGGCCGCCCGCCUCGAGGCCGCCGCCUCCGACAUCGAGGACGCGCUGCAGGACGUGCUGAAGAUGCUCAUCGGUUCGUGAGCUUUUUUUUCUUUCUUUUUUUGCUGUUGUUGGCGCUGUCUGUUUAUAGGUACGUGUAUAUGGCGACGACGAGGUUGGCGAUGCGUGGUCGACAUGUUGCUGUUACCCAAAUGUUAACCACUUUCCUGUUUUUUUUUGUUAUCACUCUCCGCGUAGGCAAUGUUAUUUUUAUUUAUCCCCGUUUCUAUCGUUGUUGGCCUCGUCCUGGGCUUCAUGUUUC